UCUCCAUAGGACGCGACUAGCAAGGACGCGUCCUAGCAAGGCUGCAGCCUUCACUUUGGGAAACAGCCUAGUCCCCAUACGUCCGACACGCCCUCGGCCAUCCGCCGACGGACGCAUGUAGUGUGAACAAGGCAGUCACUUCUCUGUGGAUAAUCUCAUCGAGCUGUUCUUCUGAAUACAUCGAUAUGAAGGCGCUAAUAGGGCUGCUGCUGUUGGUCUUUGGUCACGGUGUGUCCUCAGGUAAAAUGCUUCACUCUCUGCAGUAUUUCUACACGGCUUCGUCUGGACUCCCAACCUUCCCAGAGUUUGUUGCUGUUGGGAUGGUGGAUAGAGUUCAGCUUGGGUAUUAUGACAGCAACAUCCAGGGAAUAGUGCUGAAACAGGCCUGGAUGGACCAGUUCUACAGAGAUCAUCCAGGUGACCUGGAGACGAACACAGGAGAGGCUCUGGGUGCCCAGCAGAGACUCAAAGCCUUCAUUCUGGAUCUGAAGAAGCGCUUUAACCAGACAGGAAGUGCCCACAUUGUUCAGAGGAUGUAUGGUUGUGAGUGGGAUGAUGAGGAUGAUUCUACUGAUGGUUAUAACCAGUAUGGUUAUGAUGGAGAGGACUUCAUAGCGUUGGACCUGAAGACCCUGACCUGGGUCGCUCCAGUACCUCAGGCUGUCCCCACCAAACAGAGAUGGGAUCAGGAAAAAGCGGGAUUACACUUUGAUAAGUACUUCCUCACCGAAAAGUGUGUUGAUUGGCUGAAGAAGCAGCUGUCCUAUGGGAAGAGCACUCUGCAGAGAACAGAGCGUCCGCGGGUGUCUCUGCUCCAGAGGAGCCCCUCCUCCCCAGUGGUGUGCCAUGCUACAGGCUUCUACCCUGACAGGGUGGUGGUGUUCUGGAGGAGAGACGGCCAGGAGCUCCAUGAGCAGGUGGACCCCGGGGAGGUCCUCCCCAACCACGACGGGACCUUCCAGGUCAGCGUGGACCUCAACCUCAAGGCCGUCCCACCGGAGGACUGGGGGAGGUACGAGUGUGUGGUCCAGCUGAGAGGCAUCGAGGACAUCUCCACCCCCCUGGACCCCGGCCUCAUCAGGACCAACUGGGAGGACCAGAGUGGCCUCACCAUCCCCAUCAUCAUUGGGUUCCUUGUUCUCCUCCUCGCUGCUGCUGCUGCUGUUGUUGGAGUCCUUCUGUACAAGAAGAGGAACGACAAGCGACACAAACCAGUGAUUAAAAUUUGUUCUGACACCAGCUCUGAGAACACUGAGGGGCAGAAUCCGGCUCCUGAGGCCCAACCUCUGACCACAGGUUAAAGUUAAAUCAUGAAGAGGCUUCUCACAUUCCUCUUCCUAAAGCAGGAUGGAGUGGAUCGCUGUCAUCUAUAAUCAUCACAAUCAGUUUGGGGACUUCAGCUAACUAAAUAUGCUAUAUUUGCUUAAUUACAUUAACAUUCAUACUUUAUUUUGAUAAAAAAACAUAAAUCCGUAAGAAGUAUAAAUCAAUUAGAUCUCUGUAUUUUUGAUCGAUGGAUUAAUCCUGCAAUCUUUCACUGACCCUUGGAAACCAUGGCAACAUGACCCCGCCAUGAUGGCCAUUUUGUUUUGUUUUUUGUAGCCAUUGCAUUGCUACAUAGGCUAGCACAAUCGAGCUUGGCUGCUUUUGCUUUAAUGCUCUUUGUUGUGUUUUCUGUGUUCUUUGGGGAAUUGGAUCAUCUUUACUUUUGUUAUUCUGUCAAUAAAUUACAUAAAAAUGUAAUAUAC